AUGUUCCAGGAACCCUUGACAAAUUUCUCUGCGGAAUUUUCGCCUAAGGACUACAAUGACGCUAUUAAAUCCCUGGGAAUCAGUCUUUUGCAGGAAUGGGAUUCAGAGAUGCCUCCGCACCCAAAGGUGCACGUGGUGCAGCUGCCGAAGGGUACGCUCGGAGGCGGAAAACAGACUGACUCAUACAACAUCACCAACUUUCUCAAGGUUAAGGAGAACUCCGAGGGCGACAUGAUUCAUUUCGUUGUUCUGCAAGGUUCUCUCGAAGAUAAAUGGGGCAUACUGAAUCUGCCCUGCAGUCUGGUCGGUAACACGCUGAUGAAGUGCAUUCUGCUCCUUGAUUUCUACAACCCAGUUUACAGCUGGCGUCGGGGUGUGCUGAUGCAGUACCUUCCUAGCACUACAAGUCUCGACGGGGAUAAAUAUGAUAUGGAGACUGCAUGGAUUGCGAACAUCCGCAAAUCCUCACACGCAUCGGAGGCUGGCUCCCCAGAAUGCGAAUUCCUCGAUCUUUACCAACACCCUCCCUCGUGCUCGGCAAUUAAAACGCGGUUCAGAGAUUACCUGGGUAAGGUGAACGUUAGGUUGAAGACCGGAGAAGGAGUGACCGAUUUCAUGAAACUGGCUGAGUCUCGUCGUCGGAUAUACCGUCCUUUGCCACUGGAUGAGUUUGGAAUGACGUUGCCUUAUGCCCUGUGUCUGCUGGAAGACUCGAAGCUGAUUGAAAUGAAAGAAGAUGCAAGUGUUACCGAGAUACCAGAACGUGGGCUCAAAUUCUUGAAUGGCUGGACAGGGACGUUGCAUGGGUAUGAUCCUCACUUGCUACCGCCAGACGGUUGCUAUGCUCAGGCCAGAGGUGCAAAGUGUCCUCGUCGGUAG